AUGAAAGAUCCAAUCGCCGCAGCGGCUGCCAUGGCUUACCACACUUCCCAAACUCAUCAACCAGGUGCCUUGCCUUUGUCCGCCUUCCUCGCCGCCGCUCAGCCCUCGUUCUUCCCCGCUCUGGCGUUCCCGGACGUCGGCUCCCCGUCCCGGCCUCUGUCCGAGCAGGCUGCCUCUGACGCGGAGCUGCGCGCAGCUCUGGGACGGCCGCAUCAGCCCGUUCACCCGCGGUCCUUCAAGAGCCUGCAGACGGAGGAAGGGCUCGAUGACGACCCGAAGGUCACCCUGGACUCCAAGAAAUUAUGGAAUGAGUUUCACAAAAUGGGAACGGAGAUGGUUAUUACAAAAUCGGGAAGGAGGAUGUUUCCGGCGUUCAAAGUGCGGGUCGACGGGCUGGUGGAAAGCGCAAAGUACAUCCUGCUGAUGGAUAUCGUCGCGGUGGAUGACUGCCGCUACAAGUUUCACAACUCCCGUUGGGUGGUGGCUGGAAAAGCUGACCCGGAGAUGCCAAAGCGCAUGUACAUCCACCCGGACAGCCCGUCCAAAGGGGAGCAGUGGAUGAGCAAGCCCGUGGCUUUUCAUAAACUCAAACUCACCAAUAAUAUUUCGGACAAGCAUGGAUUUACAAUUUUGAAUUCAAUGCAUAAAUACCAGCCCCGAUUUCAUAUUGUGAGAGCCAACGACAUAAUGAAGCUCCCGUACAGCACCUUCCGGACUUAUGUUUUCCCGGAGACAGAGUUUAUCGCUGUCACUGCGUAUCAGAAUGAAAAGAUUACACAGCUAAAAAUCGACAACAAUCCGUUCGCCAAAGGAUUCAGAGACACGGGAAAUGGGAGGCGAGAAAAGAGGAGUAAGCCGGUAACCAUUUCUUCAAUGCAUGAGGGCAGACUGGACCUGGACUGUGCGGAUUCUGAUGACUCGUGUGAACAACCCAGUACCAGUGAUCCGUUUUAUUCCCCUCGGGAGCUGGUGAGCAGCCCUCUGAUGUCCACACCAACCUGUCACGAUGACGACAACAUUGAAAGUGAUUCCGAUGUUGACCAACACGAUGAGGACAUUGCUGAAGCCAGCCGUUCCAGGAGUGAAUAUAUGUCUUCUUUGAGUCAGAAGAGUGCGGAGAUACUGUGGAACCGGCCCGCUCUCAAUAAGGGCAGCGGCAAUCAGGACGCCAGCAAAGACGGGACAACGGCUCGAUCCUCAGAGUUCAUGUACUCCGCGGAGAGUGGUUCUUCAAAAAAGCACAUGAGCGAAAUCCAAGAUGGCGUCCCGCCGAUGAUGCUGCAAACACAGAGCCCGUCGCCCCUUCAGACUUUGGAUUUCUCGAGUGCGCACAGCCAACAGUUUCUCAAGCUCGGGGCACCUUUGUUGUUUCACCCGGGACAGUUGUCGGUGAAGCCGGAGGGCGCGGGGCGUCUGUUGCCUUCUUUGCCUGCAGUAGAAAACGGAGGCCUGCCUUCUCAAGGCAUCGCCUCUCCAUCUCCCUUCAUGUUUCACCUUUCACAGCACAUGCUGGCAUCUCAGGGAAUGUCACUGUCACCCUUUGGAGGACUGUUCUCCUAUCCAUACGGCUACAUGGCAGCACCGGCUCUCCCCACCUGUUCGGCGACCCCGACGCUGGCCAAAAGCCACUGCUUCCGCAGCUCUCGGCCUUGGUUGCAAUUCAGCCCUUAUCAGAUCCCCGCCCCCGUCACCUCAAGCCAAAGCCCGCUUCCAACCAGACCGCCCGGCUCUUCAAACUCGCAAUGCGAGGUGUCCAAGUCAGGGAGCAGAGAGUUCAGUUCAGUGCCUGAGAACCACGGUCACCAAAUCAAGGCCAAGCAGAAGACUUCGCCAGCAAAAAACAUUUAAGGCUCAUAAGCUGGCGGACUCAACUUUGUCCACAAUACACUCUCUUACAAUAUAUGUUGUUUUUCAUCCUGCACCUGGUGGAUACAGUGUGAUGGACACAGAAAGG